AUGUUAACUUGGAGAAAUGGUGGCAGGUGGACAGUUCCCGAGCCUAAAGGCAUCACUCGGACAACUACGGUGGAAGCUGAAAAACUAAAGUUAGUUUCAGAGGGUUGUGGUGAUCAAAAUGUGGGUAUCUUUAUUUGUCCAAUGAUAAAUUUCUUGUCCUUUCAUUUGCACCAGAAAGAAGUGAAGCGUGACUCGAAGGAUAUUAUAGGGGAAGUUUAUAAAACUCAUAAUGCCAUUCAGACAUUAGACAAAACUAUUUCAAAUUUAGAGAUGGAAUUAGCUGCUGCAAGGGCAGCACAGGAGUCUAUACUCAGUGGCUCUCCUUUGUCAGAGGACUUAAAGAAGACUGGGUCAUCUGGGAAAAGAAGAUAUUUGAUGGUCGUUGGAAUUAAUACAGCCUUUAGCAGCCGCAAAAGAAGAGAUUCAGUUCGUGCUACGUGGAUGCCACAAGGUGAAAAAAGGAAGAAACUGGAAGAAGAGAAGGGUAUCAUUGCUCGCUUCGUCAUUGGUCAUAGUGCGACAUCGGGAGGCAUUUUGGACAGAGCUAUUGAAGCGGAGGACAGAAAGCAUGGAGAUUUCUUGAGACUGGACCAUGUGGAAGGGUACCUUGAAUUGUCAGCCAAGACAAAGAUAUAUUUUGCUACUGCUGUUGCUUUGUGGGAUGCAGAUUUCUAUGUCAAAGUUGAUGAUGAUGUCCAUGUAAAUAUAGCAACACUUGGAGAAACUCUAGUCAGACACCGAAAGAAACCACGGGUAUAUAUUGGAUGCAUGAAAUCUGGUCCUGUCCUUAAUCAAAAGGGUGUGAGAUACCAUGAACCUGAGUACUGGAAAUUUGGUGAAGCAGGGAAUAAGUACUUCCGACAUGCUACUGGACAGCUGUAUGCCAUUUCAAAAGAUUUGGCUAAGUAUAUAUCAAUAAACCAGCAUGUUCUGCACAAGUUUGCCAAUGAAGAUGUUUCGCUGGGGUCAUGGUUUAUUGGACUUGACGCUGAGCACAUUGACGAUCGGAGGCUAUGCUGUGGCACUCCACCUGAUUGCGAGUGGAAGGCCCAGGCUGGCAACAUCUGUGUUGCGUCAUUUGAUUGGAGCUGCAGUGGGAUUUGCAGAUCUGCUGAUAGGAUUAAGGAGGUCCAUCGGCGUUGCGGGGAAGGUGAGAAUGCUUUGUGGAGUGCAACAUUCUAG